GUCGAGGCAUGCGAUCUUCUACGGUUUCUGUGUUAACUUACCUUCUACAAUCCUUCGAGUACGUUGCACAAAGAUCUAUAGAUUCUUGACACAAUAUUGUGAAUCUAGCUCACUUAAUUCCUGCGAGAGUAGCACUUUUCUGGCCACGAUUUCCGUUUUAUCAAUGGCCGCGAUUACCCGGUAGCCCGUGACAUUCUUCUCAAAGCCUCCCCCACACCUGAACUAGGCCUCUUGCCUGGAUUUCGCUUAUGUCGACAGCAUUUCCGGACCAUGGGAGUCUCGAUCAGUCUCUUGUCGUAUCGAGCUCUGGACAACACCACACCUUAAGGACGGAAACAAGCGCACAAGGCGGCCAUCACAUGGAACAAGCCGCACCGUCGAGGCCCGCUCGACAGGCAGUCGCGAGCGAUAUAGAUGCCGCGGCCUAUGCGAACCAUCCUGUCGAUACCACCUCGCCAGCGCCUGUGAAGCAGAAUGGCCGCACGGAUUCUAAGGAGUUGAACAAGCGGAGCCUAGAUUAUGUGUUAAGGAGCGGGCUUGCGGGGGCCAAGACGGUUGUCGCGCCGCUCGACCGCGUGAAGAUCCUUUUCCAAGCGUCUAAUCCGCAAUUCGCCAAGUAUACAGGUAGCUGGUUUGGCCUUGUAUCAGCGGUUAGGGAUAUCCAUCGACACGAGGGUGCCCGAGGUCUUUUCAAAGGCCACUCCGCCACACUUCUUCGAAUUUUCCCCUAUGCUGCUAUCAAAUUCCUCGCAUAUGAGCAGAUUCGUGCCGUGUUUAUUCCCUCGCGGGACAAGGAGACGCCGUUUCGCAGACUCAUGUCCGGGAGUUUGGCGGGUGUCACGUCAGUGUUCUUCACAUAUCCGUUAGAAUUGAUUCGGGUGCGGCUAGCGUUUGAGACGAAGAAGUCCGCACGGUCGUCGUUGGCAGGCACGUUUCGACAGAUCUAUAACGAGCGGGGUUCGCUGCCGUCCGCGUCCAGUGAGUUGGCCGCAGCCAAAGGGACAGCCGGCUCUGUUGCGGCUACUGCAGAGAAUGUCUCUUCUGCGGUGAACAAGGUCGUUCCUCGAUAUGGGUUAGCCAACUUCUAUCGCGGGUUCACACCCACCCUGCUCGGCAUGCUUCCAUACGCGGGCGUAUCGUUCCUCACACAUGAUACCGUCGGCGACUGGCUUCGCUCUCCUCUCCUCGCUCGCUACACUAUCAUCCCAGGAUCUGAUCAGUCCUCGCACGGCCAGUCGCAGAAGGGGUCACGACGGCCACAGCUCACCGCGGCGGCGGAAUUAUUCUCCGGUGCUAUCGCCGGUCUUGUGUCGCAGACAUGCUCCUAUCCUCUUGAGGUCAUUCGACGCCGAAUGCAAACAGCAGGCAAGAUAUGGCUCGAGAAGGGUUUCCGAGGGUUCUUUGUUGGCUUGACAAUCGGCUAUAUCAAGGUGCUGCCGAUGUCAGCCACAGCCUUUUUCACAUACGAACGAUUAAAGUGGUCAUUGGGAAUUUAACAGAUGAAGCCAUGACGACGAAGCUUUUUCCUAUGUUUUAGAUUCCCACUUUACGCAUAACUUUCUCACUGUUGUGCGAUUCAAACGUUUCAGUCGGCCUCUGCACUACAUUUGAUUUCUUAUUCCACCUGCCGCGCUAGACCUCGAGAGAACGACGUCUUGAAGGUUGUUUUGUCAUUGUGACUUUUGUUGCUUUCUGCAUGGGUGACCAAAACCAGCCCUCAGCACAUAGUUUUGAUGGAUACCUCUGCCAUUUUGAGCAUUUCGUUAGAUCGACAGAGCAUGAAUAUAUCAUUCAGACGCAUAUGUAGAUAUGAAAUAUCUGCCAUGAUACACUCGGAGUGUGCCGU